CAGAGGGAGUGGAGCACCAGGCAGCGGUCUCCAGCCGAGCCCCCUGCCAGCAUGGCCAGCGAGUUCAAGAAGAAGCUCUUCUGGAGGGCGGUGGUGGCCGAGUUCCUGGCCAUGACCCUCUUCAUCUUCAUCAGCAUCGGUUCCGCCCUGGGCUUCAAUUACCCGGUGAAGAACAACCAGACAGCAGGUGCGGCCCAGGAUAAUGUGAAGGUGUCACUGGCCUUCGGGCUGAGCAUCGCCACCCUCGCCCAGAGCGUGGGCCACAUUAGCGGCGCCCACCUCAACCCGGCCGUCACGCUGGGGCUGUUGCUCAGCUGCCAGAUCAGCAUCCUCAGGGCUGUCAUGUACAUCCUUGCGCAGUGCAUGGGGGCCAUCGUGGCCACCGCCAUCCUCUCGGGCAUCACCUCCGCCCUGCCAGACAACUCGCUCGGCCGAAACGAGCUGGCCCCUGGUGUGAACUCUGGUCAGGGCUUGGGCAUCGAAAUCAUCGGCACCCUGCAGCUGGUGCUCUGUGUGCUGGCCACCACUGACAGGAGGCGCCGGGACCUCGGGGGCUCGGGCCCUCUCGCCAUCGGCCUCUCUGUGGCCCUGGGACACCUGCUGGCGAUUGACUACACAGGCUGCAGUAUUAACCCCGCCCGGUCCUUCGGCUCCUCCGUGAUCACGCAUAACUUCAAGGACCACUGGGUUUUCUGGGUGGGGCCGUUCAUCGGGGGGGCCCUGGCCGUGCUCAUCUACGACUUCAUCCUGGCCCCACGCAGCAGCGACCUCACGGACCGCGUGAAGGUGUGGACCAGCGGCCAGGUGGAGGAGUACGACCUGGACGGCGACGACAUCAACUCGAGGGUGGAGAUGAAGCCCAAAUAGAGAGGCUCUGGCCCGGGCACCCCCGUGGGGGCGGGGCAGGGGCGGGCGGAGGGCGGGGAGGGUGAAAUCAUGUUGUAGACACUCUGACAAGCUGGCCACCGUCACUUCCCAAAGAUCCUCCAGAACUGUGUGGUCAAGCCUGGUUCGGGGCUGUUUCUAUCACUUUCUUUCUCUGUCUCUGUUUCCUGGCCCCAGGGCUUCCUGGGGACCACGACUGACCAAUCACUCACUCCCUUGAAGCCACAGAGGAAGUGAAAGAGAGGGACCCACCCUGCUAAGCUGUCCCCUCAGAGUGUGACGGAAGGUGUGCCAGGAAGUCCCUCAUCCCAGAGCUGCUGCACAGCUCAUCGGCUGCAGGGGUCUGGGGCGCCACCGUUAUUGCUUUGUGCCUUUGGGCGUGGCCCUCCUUCUUCUGGAACAUGCCCUCUGCCCCCAAGGGUGCUCUGAGGGGAAGAGAUGGCAGGAGGUGCAUGGUCGGAGGCAAGCGGCAGGCCGGCUUCGUUCCCGCAGUUUGGCUCGCCUCCA